CACACCUGACGCGUUACCAAACAGCGGCAGGCGUUGGCUGUGUCGUGGGGCUGAGGUGUAUCGGACGGUGAAUUAUUACUCUGCAGUCCAUUCAACCUGAAAGCCGGCACCAUGUCGUCGCGCCGUGCCGCUACCCGGCGGGGGGUCACCAAGAAGCGCGCCCAGCGCGCCACCUCCAACGUGUUCGCCAUGUUCGGCCAGGCGCAAAUCCAAGAGUUCAAAGAGGCCUUCAACAUGAUCGACCAGAACAGGGACGGCUUCAUUGACAAAGAGGACCUGCACGAUAUGCUGGCCUCGCUCGGCAAGGACCCGACCGACGACUACCUGGAGGGCAUGAUGGGCGAGGCGCCCGGUCCCAUCAACUUCACCAUGUUCCUCACGCUGUUCGGCGAGCGGCUGCAGGGCACCGACCCCGAGGAGGUCAUCAAGAACGCCUUCGGCUGCUUCGACGAGGACAACGCCGGCGUCAUCUCGGAGGACCGGCUGCGCGAGCUGCUGACCACCAUGGGCGACCGCUUCACCGACGAUGAGGUGGAGGACAUGUACAAGGAGGCGCCGAUCAAGGGCGGCAUGUUCGACUACGUCGAGUUCACGCGCAUCCUCAAGCACGGCGCCAAGGACAAGGAUGAACAGUGAUGGUGCUCGGCGGCGACAAUCCCACCAUUGCGCUGGGUCGUGCCGAUACGAUCGGCGCGUCAACCCCGGCCAAAUCGGAAACGGGACUUCUCGGCGAGAGGAUGGUCAUGCGAUCAUAGCACUUUGUGCCAGCUAUUUUUCCACGCGUUUUCGCCAGUUCGUGCGGUGUCUGAUGCCUAAGUGAUUGUUAGCAGCGUGCGGACUCCUUUUUUUGAGUCGACUUCGCGGUGGUAAGAUCACAUUCCUCUAAUAGUGUAUCACCAAAUGCAUACACCGUAAUACGCCGUGCUUAAUUUAUCCAACGCAAGAUGUGAUAGUUGUAAGAUGGCAUCGUAUUUAAUACAAGGUUUUUCAACA